AUGGCAUGGUUUUUGGUUCAGGUUUUGAAGCGUUUUAGAGGUCAAGCUUAUCAAAUGGCUCAAAACAAGGGAGCUAACAUGGGAUCUAUAUAUAUCCAGAGUUUCGUAGAUGUAUCAACAUACUAUGAGACAGCUUUAGAACCAGGAUGCCUUCGUGUCACAGAUGAAUCACUCAAAGCUGUUGGAGAAUCGUGUAUUCGUGAUUUGAAUUUGGGGGGAUGUUAUUUGAUUACUGAUUUGGGUUUGGAGUAUUUGGCAGAUGGGGAUUUGAAGAAUUGUUUGCAACACCUUAAUAUGGCUGAAUGUAAUCAAAUUAGUGAUAAUGGUAUAAUCUUCUUGAAAUCAAUGGCUGCUCUAACCGAGCUGAGUUUGUCAAAGUGUGGUGUUCAUGUAACCAACUAUGCAAUUGCGGACGUAUUAUCCCACCUCUCAAACAUUGAGAUAUUGGAUUUAUCCUGGUUGGUAAAUGUAACAGAUAUCUCAUUGCUUGCUAUAGGUAGCAAGUGUGUAAAGCUUCAAAAAAUUAUAUUGACGGGUUGUGAAGCCAUAAGUGCUGAAGGUUUACGGGCUUUUUCAGGUCAUCAAACACUAAAAAGGCUCGAGCUGUUCUCGUGUUACAAUUUUUCUUGGGAAGAUGUGGAAUCAGUUGCUCUGACUUGCACAAAAUUAGAAUAUCUUGGGCUCAUGAAGAGAAUAAAGACACCCACACCAGAGUUUAGUUUUGAUUACUUGCAAAUUCAGCACAAUCGCUGUGGGAUAGAUUGGGAUGAAGACAGUGACUUUUUGUUUUGGUAA